AUGCGUACCUCCUUCUUCCUAGCUGCAGCCCUUGCUACCCUCGGUACCCAAGCCGCCGACACCAGCAGCGCCGUCAUCGGCUACUACUCUCCUUCUUGGGACGGGGGCCUGCUCAAGUACGGCGGUUGGACAAGCACCGCUGCCAGCCUGGUUGCCUACAACACCAAGGCCGCCACAUACCACGUCACCUGUCUGAAGGACGCUCCCAAGACAGAUUGCAACUAUCCCACUCCGUGGACGAUCGUCCAAGGCCCGGAGACAGUCAGCUUCACCGGCAUAUAUAUCGCAUCCACCUCGGACAAGUCAACCAGCUAUGAUAUCACUCUCACCCAGUCCUAUGAGUGCUCUCUGAAAUCUUCAACUGAGUCCGCCAGCUGCACUAUGAGUGUGGGCAUGAAGGGAUCCUUGGGUGGAGGCAAAUAUGAGUCUUCCACUUCUACCAAGGCGACAUACACCACUGCCCCAAUGGCCGAUGAUUACUACAAGUUGACGGUAACCGCGGGACUGGAUUCGAUUACCCUUACGACUCCUGGGCAAACUCUGGCAACUGCAAGUGCGACUACAACUGUCGAGACGACUAAGUCGACCGGUGGUGCUGCUGGACCCGCCGGUGCUUUUAUUACGGCUGCGCCUAUGGUUGCUGCUGCGAUGGCUGCCCUGCUGUGA